AUGGAAUACAAGGAAAAUAAGUCGAAAAAAGGGCUUGAAGGUUAUAUCGGUGAAGAAAAACUUGGUGGGGUUAUUUGGGAUCCUCCUCCUGAAAAUCUUUGCAGUUCUGAUAGAUUUUUUGUCACCCCAGCUUCAUCAAGUUCACUAAUGGAGGAGACGAUAUCCAAGGAUACAAGUGAAGAUGCAGCAAAAUUAUCAGACGUUGAUCGAUUUUUGUACGGAAAACUCAAAUCAUUACAUGAAAAGGAUAAGUCGACAAAAAGGUUUGAAGAAAAUAACGAAGAAAAACCAGUUGGAAUCUUUUUGGAGUCUCCUGGGUUUUCAGAGGAUACAAGGGUAGAUGCUAAUGAAAAUCAAACAAAAAUUGGUCCUGAAGAUUUUUUUACAGUUUUGACUUAUUCUCCGAGUCCAUAUGACGAUUUUAGGCAAUCCAUGCAUGAGAUGAUCCAAGCAAGAUUGGAAAAUAAUGGAAAAGUUGAUUGGGAAUUCAUGGAGGAGCUCUUGUUUUGCUAUUUAAAUGUUAAUGCCAAGAAGUCAUAUAGGUACAUAUUAAGUGCAUUUGUUGAUCUUGUACUCGUUUUGCGCGAAAAUUGUGGUGUACUUCUCUCGAAUACCGAUACCCAACUCAUAGGGUUGUAA